AUGAAAGAAUGUAUUCCAUUCAGAAGAUUUAAUGGAGGAGUUGGUAGAUGUGCCCAAGCAAAGCAAUUUGGAACAACCCAGGGUAGAUGGCCAAAGAAGUCUGCAGAAUUUUUGCUGCAGCUUUUGAGAAAUGCAGAGAGCAAUGCUGACUAUAGUGGCUUGGAUGUUGACAGGCUUAUUGUGGAGCAUAUCCAGGUCAGUCAAAACAUUUAUUUUAUAUAG